AUGUGGAUCUUAGAGAACGAAGGCGAGGCGUUCGACGGCAGACGGCUCUGGUUGCGACCGGGACAGCGAUAUCUCUUCGGCCGAACCUGCGCCGAACCUGGCCAACUUGCCAUCAAAGGCCCAGGCGCCGACAAAGUGUCGCGGAAACAUGUCACCAUCCGGGUUGACGCUGUUGGAGAAGGAGAUGCAGAAAACAUGGGAAGCCGGUCGCAAGUCACCGUGGAGGAUCUCGGGUCUAAGGGAGGCACCAAGGUGAACGACCAUAAGUACAAGGGCGAAUCAUGCGUGCUAUCUGAAGUCUCCAACACCCUUCAGAUGGGUUCGUACCCAAAGAAGUUUCGCAUCACUUGGUUCCCUGUGGUUUUGAGCUUUUCUUACACCAGGAAUCAACUCCGUGGCAAUCCAUUGGCCAGAUUGCGCCAAAGCCUCGAGCAGCUUGACGUCAAGUUGCUUGCCGAAUACGACGUCCAGUUGACCACGCAUGUUGUCUCUAAGAAGCGAAAUACCUCGAAAGGAUUGCAGGCCCUGAUCAAUGGAAGACACAUCGUUAAUGACGGAUUUGUCGACGCUAUAGUCACGGCUGCAACACCCCAAGAACUCAGCGAUGGAGUCACAACCAGCCCGCUGGAGGAUGACUUCGAUGCCAACUGGCCGGAAGCAUUACAAUUUCUCCCUCCACCGGGUGAAGAGCUUGUUCCACGACCACCCGAAGCCUUUGCACCGAAUCCCGCACGCGCCGAGCUCUUUGAUGGAUACACCUUCAUUUUCUAUGAAAAGAAACAAUACGAAAGUCUGUUAGGACCCAUAACGAACGGUAGAGGCAAAGCUCUUUUUGAAGAAGCUGUCGCCGAAGAGACACAGAUCGAUGACUUUGUUCGAUACGUGAAAGGGGUCGCGGGCGAAAAGGGCCUGGGGGAGUUCGAGGAUGGUAGUGAGGGCAAAGGAGUCGUAGUAGUCAAGUGGAUGCCCUCUUCACCCGAGCAUGCGGAUUGGUUUGCCGAGUUUUUCAGAUCCAUUUCGUUGCGUCUGGACCACCGGCUCAUCGACCAGAAGGAGUUCCUCGACGCAAUACUCAACAGUGACGCGAGUGGUCUGAGGCGGCCGCUUGAGUUCGAGACACAGCCACCCUCCUCCCCAACGGAGCCGCGGCCAUCGGCAGAACAACAGGCAAUGGACUUGGAUGAGGCCGAGCCAGCAGCCCAAGCGCCGGCACCAGCAUCAGCUCCAGCUCGUCGCAAGCGCAGAAGAGAACCUGUCAAGAGUCGUUUCAGAGGAUUUGGCGCUUCAAUGGUUGAUAGCGACAGUGAUGACGAUGUCCAAGCUAGCGCUCCGGCCCCUGCAGCUGCCACGCAACCCGCACCGAUCGCCGAGUCAUCUCAAGAAGGCCUCUUUGUCACACAGGAAGUCGCGGAGGAAGAGGUUGAGGAGCCAGCUCCCGCUGGUGGUCGGUCGCAAAGAAAACGGCCGGCUCCACCCCCUGAGCCGGAAAGUGUGAUGGACGAUUUUGCGCCUACAGCUGCGCAAGUCAAGCGUCGUCGUCAGCUGCAGGCGCAAGUCAAGCGUCGUCGUAUAGCAGCCGGCGCGGAGUUUGUGCCUCGACGAAAGACACCACCCACAACCACAUCUGCAAAUACUCAGAACAUCAAGGCAAAGCCGGUGAAAGCGCGGAAGGAGAUUGAUAUCCUGGACCAAGCACGUCAGCACCGAGAGCAAGCAGAAAAGCGCGCACGGGAAGAGCGAGAAAAUCUGGAGGCUGAACCGGGCGACCUCGACUUGGCCCAGAUCAGGCGUCUGCAGAUCGUGGAGUCGAUAGAGCUGCGCCCGGCGCCGCCGACGAGGACCCGUGAGCAGGACAUAGAGGACGGGCGGUGGGAUCCGUCGUGGAAUGGGCGCAAGAACUUCAAGAAGUUCCGGCUGCGCGGCGCCGUGCAGGGACGAGCCCCGGAGAAGAUCAUCGUCGAGCUCGAGCCGGUCAGGUCGAAGGGCUUUGGCAUCGGCGGCGGUUACUGGCUCGAAGACGGCAGCACCAGCCAGCAGCAGCAGAAGAAGCCGAGCCAGACCCAGACCCAGAGUCAGGGCACCAAUGGCCACGCAGCGAAGGAGUCCUCAUCGAAUAAGAAGCAGAGCCAGAGACGUAUCGAAGGCCUCCCGCCGGUGGACAGUAGCGAUGAGGCUGGCGGUAUGGUGGACGAAGACGAAGACGAUGACGAUGUCAUCAUCGCCUCGGCUUCACGGUCGCGGACAAGCAGGGCAUCGGCGAAUACGACGCAGUCGCAACUGCAGUCUGGACGAACGAGCACGAGCACGUCCACGUCGCAAAAGACGCAGCCGCCAUCGAGAACAGUGAAGCGCGCCGCAGCCGCGCCGCCCGCGCGGGAGCAGCCCGCGAAGAGGUCCAGAGUCGUCUCACUCGCCGCUAGUGACGACGACAGCGACGAUGGGCUGACUUUCCGGUUUGGUAAGCGUUGA